AUGAUCUGCCCAAAGUGCAACGAUGUUGUUGAGGAUUUUGUGUUGUGCAAUAAGUGCGGUGGACAGUACCACUAUGUUUGUGCCGGGGUUUCGGAGCUUAGCUACAGAAAAAUGGGAGUGGAAAAAAAAGCCGGCUGGCGGUGCAUUACUUGCCGUUCACCUCAACUCACGGAGACACACCCCUCUUUGUCAGACGUGUUAAAAGAGAUAAAAAGUUUUCGUAACGAUUUUAGCACGAUGAAGGUAGAAUUUACUAACAUAAAAUCUGAUAUUCAAUGCACCAUGCAACAUAUAAAAGAAUUGAGCAGCAAACUUGACACAAUGGAAGGUCGAUUUAUUGAAUUCGAUCGUAGAUUGACCUCUUCAGAGCAAAAACUAUCUACGUUAUCCAUUGUGCAAAAAGACUUAUUAUCGGCACAAAAAACUAUAGCUGAAUUAAAAGCGCAAAAUAAUUCACACGAUCAAUAUUCGCGACAGAACAACAUAGAAAUUUCCGGUAUACCGACAAAGAAAGGUGAAAACGUCUAUACAAUAUUAAAUGACUUAUGCGCAACUGUGGGUUUUCAACUGAGCGAUCAUGAUAUCGAUUCUAUACAUCGAGUUCGUCCAUACCCAUCGAGUAGGACGGAAAGCAACAAUGAACCUACUCGGCCGGCGUCUAUUAUAGUGCGGUUUUGCCAGCGGCGGCGCAAGGAUCAGCUGAUCGCAGCCGUGCGCGCGCGCCGCGGCCUCACCACCGCACACAUCGGACUGCCCGGCCCGGCGAGCACCGUGUACAUUGGUGAUCACCUCACUCCAACGAACAAACUACUACUAAAGCGAGCACGCGAACUUAAACUCGAAAAAAACUAUUCAUACUUGCAAGAUAGGAAAUCCACUGACGGGCAGGGCGCGCGGGGCGGCGGCGUGCUCAUAGCGGCACGACGCGAACUGCGCGCGCGGCCCCGGCCCGAGUGGCGCUCGAGGCCCGCCGCCGAGGAGCUAUGGGUGACGCUCGAGCUUGACGCCGCCACGACCGCUGCGGUGGGGGCCGCGCGCCCCUCCCGCCCCGCGCCUCGACCCUGUCGCGCCGCUAACGCUUCCUCUAACUUGCAUAUAGCUUGCUGUUACUUCCCGCACGGUAACAAUCAUUCUGAAUCUUUACAAAACUUUUACGACAACACAUUUGACAUUUUGCAAAAUAAUCUAAAUGAUAAUUUUCUAAUACUUGGAGAUUUCAAUAUUUCUAACGCUAGUUGGGAUAGCUUUAACGAUUCGACUCAAUCAUUUAAACUAAGUACAAAUAGCGACGGCUUAGCGGGGGACUUGUGCGAUUUUAUGAAUUUAUCCAAUUUUAGGCAAUACAAUGGCUGUGUAAAUAGCAACGGACGAGUUUUAGACUUAGUACUUAGUAGCGAUAAGUGCACUGUGUCCAAUUCUACCACACCGUUAACCCCAGAGGAUGCGCAUCAUAAAUCUUUAGAUAUAACUCUCAAUCUACAAACGCAUGCUUUUAUACAAAACGUAAAAACGCGUCUCAAACUAAUUUAUCAUGCGGCUGAUUUUAAAGCGAUUGGCAAAGAAAUAUCGCGAGUCAAUUGGAUUGCUGAUCUAGCCACCUUAAAUACCGAAGAAUCCACGAAUACAAGGGGAAAAUUUAGAGGGCAACGUUGGCAGGUUCGAGAGAUCUUACGACAAGGGUCUUCAGCAGAGCACCUGAAUACAACCGGAGCUUUGUGCUGGUUUCGUCCAUUGUUCGGACAUCAAGGUUGCCGCUCAUGC